UAAGAGAGUCUCUAGCUAUAAUUAACUUCUCCAUUUCAACUACUUCACAAGCCUUGAAAUGUAACAACUUCACAAUCACUUUUCUCCUUAUUUAUAAACCUGCAUCAAAUCUCAAAUAACACAAAUCUUUACUGCAAAACAAAAGAAAGAGUUAUCCAAAAGAAUCUUUACUGCAAAACAAAAGAAAGUGUUAUCCAAAAGAAAAGCAUUCUCCAAAAUGACCAAACGUUCAACAUUCUCACUUUUAACAUCAAUCGCUCUCAUAGUUGCUCUUUUUUCUGCAACAAUUGCACUCGAUCCUGCCCCUGAAGAGCCGAUAUUCGAAUUGUACAUGCAUGAUAUACUUGGUGGAAGCAGUCCAACGGCAAGACCCAUUACUGGUUUGCUUGGAAACAUUUACAACGGCCAAGUACCAUUUGCUAAGCAAAUCGGUUUCGUUCCACCGGAAAACGGUGUAGCUAUACCAAAUGCGAACGGUGCAAUACCGACGGUUAAUGGUAUCAACGGCAUUCCUCUAGGCACCGGUUUAUCCGGUACAGCGUUUUCAGGUCAGAAUCUAAAUGGGAUUCAGACACAACUGGGACCUGAUGGUCUGAGUCUUGGCUUUGGAACGAUCACAGUGAUUGACGACAUAAUCACAUCCGGUCCUGACUUGGGUUCUCAGCCACUUGGCAAAGCUCAGGGGGUUUAUGUUGCAAGCUCAGCAGACGGAAGUACACAGAUGAUGGCUUUCACUGCUAUGCUUGAAGGUGGAGAGUACAAUGAUAAUCUCAAUUUCUAUGGAAUCUAUAGGAUCGGAAGCGCCAUGUCCCAUCUUUCUGUGACCGGAGGAACCGGAAGGUUUAAGAACGCUUGCGGGUUCGCAGAGGUUAGGCCGUUGAUUCCUUCGGGGCAACACUUUGUUGAUGGAGCAGAGAUGCUGUUGAGGAUCAUUGUCCAUCUUAAGUACUGAAACUUAUGUUCAAAACUUGAAACUGAAUGUUUAUAAAAUGUGUGAUUCAGUUUGCGAAUUGAGAAUGUUUUCUUCUUGUGAUGGACACAACUCAAAAGAAGACUUGGAUUUUAUA